AUGGCUGGUUUUUCCAACGCCGCAUUUGUUGCCGUCGGUAAUAAUGGUGAUGAUGAUGAUGAUGAUGAUAACACUUCAGCGGGAACAAGUUUUCAUCCUGAUGGUGAUUACGUGUCAAGAGGGGAACUUCAAGGAUGCAUGGGAGCUGUUGCUGAGCUGAUAAAGUCAGAUCAGCAGAAUAAAGAAAGAAUAACUGCUCUUGAAAAUGCAAAUCUGGAACAGAAGCCUGGACUCUUAAAAUACAAAAAAGACAUUGAAAAAUUCGUAGUAGAUGACGAUCUUGAGGAGCAACUUUUGCAGUCUGAUGUCGAAGAGACAAACUGGUGGAAAGUUGUAGCUCUCGGCUUAGCUUUGGGACUUAUUGGAGUGGUGGUAGGCGGUGGCAUUCCAGUGUUGAUUGCAGGAUCUGCUGUCAUGCUUGGGAAAGUCGCGGUUGGUGCUGCAAUAGGUGGCACCGUGGGAGCUGUUAUCGGAGGAGGUGGUGGUUACAUACUUGAGGAACAGAGCCUUGGCAAUGAGAAAAAAUCCAAAUAAUGUUGUCAUUUGGUAACGAAUUCUUCAUUGUGCUACAUAUUGAAAAGCAAAACCUAUCAUAAUGUAAUAUCGAUUAUUAAUUCAUGUUUUAUUUCAAUUUCCAAUUCAUUUUUCAACAUCAGUGUACAUAUCACUAAGUAAAACCCAAAUUUGGCUACUAUACAGGUAACUUGGCUGUAUAUAUUUAUAAUGAAUAUAAUAUUAAAAAAAAUUGAUUUAGCAACCUAAUUUAGUAU